AUGAGCCAAGGUGGACCAACCAGCUGGCGUCAAGCGCUCAACAACGAACUCCAACGCCCUGGCGUAAAUAAAGCGGUCGAGUACAGGUGUACGGCUGACGGACCACUUCAUCAGCAAUUAUGGACUGCAAUUGCAUAUAUUGACGGCGAAGAGUAUGGUAUCGGGGAGAGGCUCCUGUCCAAAGAUGGAGCAAAGGAGCAGGCCGCGAAGAGUGCCUAUCUUCGGUAUAUGAAACCUCACUAG